GUAACCGCGACGGGACAUACGUUUGCAUGUAUUUACCUCCAUGUAAAUUCCGAGAAGUGACUUCAUCCUGACCAAUACAAGCGCGCAAUACGAACCCAUCAUCAUAUCCUACAAUAACAACAUCACACUUUGAGCUUCUAAAUUCCACAUAGCUAGCCCCUCAGUCGUUCAAGAGCAAACAUCUUUUUUCAGUUUACGUCAUCUCGUAACAUCCCCCAAUGCAUACAGAUCAGCCCAUCCACCACGGCUCCUUGGAGCACCUCCUGCCGCCUAGCUGGAAGUCUCAGAUUACCGCUUGGCUAGCCGAGGACACGCCGUCGUAUGAUUACGCCGGCUUCGUCGUCGGCGAGCACCCUCGAAGCGCUACCCUUUGGGCUAAAAGUGCCGGUAUCGUUGCUGGCAUUCCCUUCUUCACUGAGAUAUUCAAGCAGUGCGGAUGCGAGGUAGAAUGGCAUGCUAAAGAAGGGGGCUAUAUCGACCGCCCUAAGGACGGCUCGGGCAAGACUAAGGUCGCUACUGUGACAGGCCCUGCGCGCGGUUUGUUACUAGGUGAGAGGGUAGGGCUGAACCUGCUAGCACGAUGCUCUGGAAUCGCUACCGUCAGCCGCGAUAUGCUACUCACCCUACGCAGCGCGGGAUACGAGGGUGUGCUGGCGGGCACGCGCAAGACGACGCCGGGAUUCCGGCUAGUUGAGAAGUACGGCAUGUUGGUCGGCGGGGCUGAUACGCACCGCAUGGACCUAAGCUCCAUGAUUAUGCUAAAGGACAACCACGUGUGGAGCCGCGGCAGUAUCACCGAGGCCGUGAAGGCUGCCAAGAUGGUUGGCGGAUUUUCGCUCAAAGUCGAAGUUGAAGUUCAAAACGAGGACGAGGCUAACGAGGCUAUCGCCGCUGGCGCCGACGUCGUCAUGCUGGACAACUUUACGGGAGAUGGUGUCAGGAUUGCGGCUAAGAAUCUGAGGGAGAAGUGGAAGGGAAAACGCGAAUUCCUGAUAGAGGUUUCUGGUGGUUUGCGCGAGGACAACGUGUUUAACUAUGCGCAUAAUGAUAUCGACAUCAUCUCGACGAGCGCGAUUCACCAAGGCACGCCGCAUGUGGAUUUCUCGCUUAAGAUCAACCAGGACGAGAUUACUCACAGCUCGUGAUUUUAAGUGGAGUUUCUAUCCUCGACCCGUUAAGUACCGUGGACGUAUGGUUAGUAUUACGAGCGUAUGCGGUCUAGACUGCCCAUAUAAAGUUAGCUCUCGAGGCUGGCAUUGUAGGAAUAUAGUCUGAAAUAUUUUAGUCUAGGCUCAUAUAAAUAUCAAUGUAUACAUAUACCA